GUAAGAAAAAGGAAAGAGCUGAAAAGAUAUGAAGAUGAGUCCAAUCACUCUCAUUUUGCUUCUCUUGCUGGUCGACAAUAUAGAAUCAAGGCAUGAACCGGGAGAACGUUGGAGUAAUGUGAUUGAAGAUGAGGCAUUACCAGAAGCAACGAAAGUGAAAGAAGAUAGCAUUGAAGAUAAACCGCUCCUAAAUGAAAAUUUUUUUGUCAAGGAUAUAGAACCAAGGCCAAGUGUUUCAUUUUAUCCAAACGAUGCUGAAAAGAAAUCAUUUUCUAAAGACAUUGAGCCACGACCAGGUGCAACGUUUUACCCGAAUGAGAAUGUCAAAGUCAUACUUUUUGAUAAAGAUAUUGAGCCACGACCUGGUUUAACGUUUUAUCCAAAUGAGCAUGUCAAAGCCAUACUUUUUGACGAAGAUAUUCAACCACGACCAAGUGUAUCGUUCUACCCAGAUAAUGGGAAAGCUAAGCUUUUCGCUAAAGAUAUUGAACCACGACCAAACGUCUCGUCUUACCCAAGUGAAAACAGAAGAUGACAUACACGAUGAAGAUGACAUACAGAUCACACGAGCCUAGUGUUAUGUCAAUAUCGACCGUGGGUGUGGAAAGAUUAUGAUGCAAGAAAACAAUGGAGCCUUUAAGAAACCUUAAGCUAUGAUCCAACUACUUGUGGUUUGUAAUUUACGUUUGUGUUGAAUGUGGUGUGAUUUGUAAAAUAAAUAAAUAACUUAUGUUUAAGAAUGA